AGUGAAUUCACACCUAAAACUUCGUACGGUUUCUAAAAGCCAUCGAAACUCUGAAUCUGGUUCAUUACUCAACGCGUUCUCUUGCCGAAUAAAUAUUGGUUAUGUUAAGCGUAAUGUUUUUCCCAGUCCCUAAAUUAUAAAAUUCAAAACACUCACCUGAUUAAAAGAAUCGAAACGGAGUUCCGAAUCUUCGUUCCGAAUCUUCUCUCAAAUUUAGUCGCAAUUUUCAGUAUUUAUUUAUUUUUUCGAUAUUGUCCGUCAAAGAAGAUUUGAUAAUGUGGAAUUCGAUCUCUAAUUUGAAAGAAAACCUCAGUAAAAUCGCACUGGAUGUUUAUGACGAUGACCAGCUCGAGAUCUACAAUUCGCGUGAUCCAGAUGGUUCUCUCUCCGAUCGCCGGAUUUCUCACCGUUUUGCCCAUUCCAAUUCACCUUCAUUUUCACCGGUGGCCAAUGGUUUUGACUCCUCCUCUAAUUCUGAGAUCGAACAGUACAAAACAGAAAUUAAGAGGCUUCAGGAAUCUGAGGCAUUAUCAGUUAAUUAUGCAGCUUUAUUGAAAGAAAAGGAGUUUAUGCUGUUUAGGUGUAACUAUCAAGGCAUCAGGUCAAAAGUGCAAGUACUUUACUCAUUGAAUGAAGAAAAUGGCUUGUUGAAGCAAAACCCGGAUGCAACAAAUGCCACCCUGAAUGCAUCGAGAAAUGAGAGUUUCAAGACAUCAAUUAAUAGUCAAAAUGUGCUUAAGGGGAGCGGUGACCAGUCACCUAACUGGCAGUAUAAAGCUAUAGUGAAAAAUCAUUCUACUGGUAACCACACUCAUAAUGGCGUCGUCUCAAAACAGGAUGUUGUAAGCAACGGAGUUGCACAUUCUAUGCAACAACUCAUCUUUCAAAGUAACGUGGAAUCAAGACACCCCAUUGUUCAGGGCAAUGAAAAGGAGCUUGCAGAUUUGCUAGAAGAGAAAAACAGAUCUCUGGCAGCAAUUCGUGGAACUCACGAGCUACAACUGAAAGUAUUAGAGAUAGAACUUGAGAAAGAGCGUGGCAAGUUAGCAGAUAUUCAAGUAAAUUUACAAGAGGAACAAAAGUUAAAUGGGUUCUUUCAACAGGAGCUGAACAGAAUUAAAGCGGAAAAGGAUGAAACUUUCAUGGAGAUGAACAAAAUUCGUAGUGAAUUGAUUGAGAAAAAUUCAGAAAUAAGACGAAUGCAAAAUGAGUUAAAAAGAAAAGAGAAUUCAGAAGCCGACAACAUUGUGGAGGAUUUGAAAAGAGUCAUUGCAACCCUAGAGAAGGAGAACAGUAUUCUUAAGAUGGAGAAGACUGAACUCGAGGCUACUUUAAAAGUGGCCAGUAACAAUUCAGGCCACAAAAUCUCUCCUGAUGCUUUAGAGACUUCAAAUAAACAUUCAACUAUUUUGAAUGAGAAGGUACAGUCAUUGGAAAAUUUUCCCGGAAAAGAAGAAAUGGAGCUCUCUUUGCUUAAUUUGGAGAAAGAUUUGAAGGAAACACGCCUACAAAGGGACAAAACAUUACAAGAACUGAACCGCCUUAAGCAGCACUUACUAGAUAAGGAAUCUGAAGAAUCAGAAAAAAUGGAUGAGGACUGCCAGAUUAUUGAAGAACUACGAGAGAGUAAUGAAAAUCUAAGAGCUCAAAUAUUACAUCUGCAGAAAACUCUGAGAGAGGCAAUUGCUAGUCAGGAGGAAGUUAAGACAAUUAAGGAAGAUGAACUUCAGAAGUCUAGAGAAAUCAUUAGUGAUCUGAAUAAAAAACUGGCAAGCUGUUUUAACACAAUAGAUGCCAAAAAUGUUGAACUUCUGAAUCUUGAAACCGCUCUUGGCCAAUACUAUGCUGAAAUUGAAGCUAAGGAACGCUUGGAAGGGGAUUUGGCUCUAGCAAGGGAAGGAUCUGCUAAACUCUCUGGGCUUUUGAAGGAUGCAAAUCAACAGGCAGAGAUAUUGAAGAGGGAAAAGGAAGAAGUUUUGGCAAAGCAUUCACAAGCUGAAAGGUUGCUAGUAGAAGGGAAAAACAGAUUGAAUAAGCUCGAGGAAGACAAUGUCAAACUACGUCGUGCUCUUGAGCAGAGUAUGACAAGACUUAAUAGGAUGUCAACGGAUUCGGAUUACUUCGUUGACAGGCGCAUCGUGAUCAAAUUAUUAGUCACCUACUUCCAGAGAAACCACAGCAAGGAGGUCCUGGAUCUAAUGGUUCGUAUGCUGGGAUUCUCGGACGAAGAAAAACAGAGGAUAGGUGUUGCUCAGCAAGGUAAUGGUAGAGGUGUAGUUCGGGGUGUUUUGGGCCUACCAGGCCGUCUAGUUGGUGGCAUCUUGGGUGGAAAUUCAGCGGAAGCCUCUGCAAACAUGGCAUCUGAAAAGCAGUCAUUUGCGGACCUGUGGGUUGAUUUCCUUCUCAAAGAAACUGAAGAAAGAGAGAGAAGAGAAUCUGCUGAAGCACCCAGCAGCUUAUAUGAAAGUAGUCCAAAUGCGAGAAAGACUGAUCCACCUCUGGCUGACCAGUUUGGACAUUCUGAUUCCGAUUCUGAUUUUUCAACUGUACCUCUCAAUUUGCCAGGAAGCAAUUCUCGGGUUAAAAAGUCACCCUGAUUAUGUGAUUAACAGGAAGAUACAGAUUGAUUUGUGGUGGCAUAGUCAUGUAAUUAUCCUUUUAUCAAUUUUGUUCGAAUGAGAAGUCACCUGUUUCCAUCACCUGAUUUUGUUGCAUGCAUGGGUUCCCCCAAUUCUGUAAGCGUGUCAUUAUGAUCGGGAGAGUCAUGAUUAUACUACAGGGCACGAUCUUUAUUCCAAUCAGAAUAUGUGGAUUAUCAAAUUACCCAAUUUUUUUUUAUUUUUUAUUUUUUAUUUUUUUAUUACAAUUCUUGUAAAUACUUUACUAGUGAUUCUUUUAUUUUAUAAGAAAAGUGCUAUUGAUUC